AUGCAUAAACAAAGGACCAGUCAAAAAGGCAUUGGCUUCAAGUCUGUGUUUCGUGUGACCAUGAGACCUGAGGUCCACUCUAAUGGUUACCAUAUUUAUUUUGAUGUCAACAGUGGACCAAUGGGCUACAUCCUACCUCACUGGUCAGAUGACAGCAAACAGGGGGACACAGACAAACAAACUUGUGAUUUCAGAUGGCAAACAAAAAUCAUUUUGCCCUGGACUGAAGAAAUCAGGCAACAAAUCCGUACCCAUGCCGCCCGUUUCAAUGACAUAAAGCCCUCACUGUUGCUGUUUCUUCAUCGCCUUAAGAAGAUAACAAUAGAUAAUAAGGUAGAAGGUGCAGAAACUUUCAUGGUGCGCAAGGAUUUACCUAAUGGAGAAAUUCACAUUUCACACAAUCAUGGCACAGACAAGUGGUUUGUGCUGAAGAAAGUUUUGGAUACAUCAGACAUGUCCUUACAGGCUAAAUCAGGUGCGGAAGUUGAGUGUACAGAAAUAGCUCUGGCAUUCCCAUUGAAAAAUACAUCAGCAAUCAAUUCACAGGUAAAAUAUGAGAUGCAGCCAGUGUUUGCUUUUCUACCUCUCAGGUCGUUUGGGUUUAGGUUUAUCAUUCAAGGAGACUUUGAUGUUCCCUCUAGUAGAGAAGACAUUGAUCAAGACAGUGCAUGGAACCAGUGGUUGAGGGAUGAGAUUCAUCUCUUGUUUUUAGAAGCUUUUGAUGCCUUCAAGACCAAGCCAGACAUCCCAGCCCUUGAAGCCUUUGUCAUGUAUCUUCAGUUCAUCCCCCUUGAAGGAGAACUUCUGGAUUUUUUCAAGCCAGUCUCCACACAGAUCUUGAGACAACUCAAAGCAAAGGAAUGUGUCCCUGUGCUUUCUACAGACAGUAAAAGCAUUGUGUGGAAAAUUCCAUCAAAAACAGUGAUCACCCAUGACAAAUUAGUUCUGAGAAUGAUCUCCCCUGAGAGGUUGCAGAAGGAGUUAGACUUGUACUACCUCCACCCUGAUGUGGCCAAAGUUUUGAGUGAGCCACUUCUGCAUGCACUGGGCAUCAACUCAGUAACAGCUAAGCAUCUGCUGCAUCUUGGACAGUCCAUCAGUCAAAAUUUCAAGCAUACAGAUAUUGAGGAAUAUGAACUAUUCAAGAGGAUCAUUCCUUUAUCAAAUGGAGACCUGGUAUCCCUCACACAAACAACAGUUUUUCUCUUGAUCAGUACAGACCAAUCAGGUCCUAGCGAGAAAAAGCAAAAAGCUGACAAAAGCAGAGAUCCUCUAGAGAAGUUAAAGACAGAUCUGAACUUGGUGCACUUUGACCUGGUCAACACCCAGGCGGUCAAGCUACUGCAGAGAAUUGGCAUCAAACAAUUGACCGCUCAUGACCUCAUCCACAGCCACAUCAUGCCUGUGUUGAGAUCAGAUCAAUGGAGAGACAAACAUCCAGACAUCAUAGUCAGUUAUCUGAUCUACAUCAAAAAUGAGUUGGACAAUAAUCCAUCCAUCUUGGACAAGUCGGAGCUGCGGUCAGUUAUAAAGCUGGUCACAAACCAUGGCGUUAAGUCCCCAGUAGAUGUUGACAUUCACUUCUCAACAGCCUAUGGAACUAAAAUUGACUUGUUCCACUUAUUACCUGGCAUAGACUGGGUUCUACUGGACUCGUCCUACCUGCCAAUCCCCCCCACACAGCAUGACAAGGACACCUGGAGAAGUUUUCUCCAAGACUUGGGUGUGGUGGAAUUCCUGAAGGUGAGAGAGGUGGAGCUACAGGUGGAUGAGAUCAAUAUGCAAGAAUUGGCUGACUUGCCAGAUGGGUAUACCAUUCUGGACUUCCAAUGUGAAGAGUUCUACAAUCUUCUCAACAACAACCAGCAGCCUGACACUCUGUAUGAGCAGAUGGGGCAAGUGUUUGAACUGUUGAACAGGGAAUGGGAAUCACAGUAUCAAAACUUUGUCUGUAAAGAGAUAAGAUACAAAAAUGGAAAAGUCCACAAAAAAACUCAAAGCACUUUUGGUAAGCAGUUACAGUCCUUGCCCUGGCUACCAACAUACUCAACCAAAGUCACAUUUGACAAACAAAGUAAACAGCUGGAUUCCCAAGAAUUUCAUAAGCUGCAGUCUCCAGUUCAGCUCUACCUGAAACAGGAUAAUAUACAAAGAUUGCUUGCAGAUACAGUUCAAUACCUUGAUGUGAAGUCACAAAAGGAUACCCCGUUUACAAAAUUCCUAAAUAUCAAGUCCAAUGUAACAGCUGAAAUGGUUAAAGAGAAUUUAAUCUCUUGGUGUACUAGAGAGGACGAUGAUGUCCCAGUCACAUUCUGCACUAGAGUCUGGCACUUUUUUGAAGUGUAUGCUUACCUAGAAGGAAAUCUGAAACCUAAAGAAUCUCAGGACCUCUUCCACACCCACCCUGCCAUUUUUGUCCCCCUGACUGAGUGUGAUGGGGCUGGAGAGUUCUGUGCGGGGUUGAUGAUGAGGAGAGAUGAGGUCUGGUGGUCUGACUAUGAUGGACUCUUCCUCAAGUAUCAGCCCUCACUGGACUUGUACAAGUCUCCACUACGCAAAUUUAGAACACUGGAGAAAAUGUACCAGGAACAAUAUAAAAUGUUAAAAAAGUUGUUCAGGAUCCAGAAAGAACCUAAUGCACUUUAUCUGGCAGAACUUUUGAAACACAUCUGCACCAUUCAUUCACUUUCUGAAGAAGGUGUUUUGGCAGAUAGUUUAAACAUACUUUCAAAAAUUGGAAAUGAUCUAAGCCUUGCUGAUGAUAUUGAAGGAGGUGUGCCGACUCAAUUUGCUCUGGAGGUUAAAGAAAUCUUCCCCCAAGUGAUGGAAAUACUGCAAGAAGCUUCUAUGUUCCCAACUAAGUCAAAUCUCUGGGUCAGUAUGAAGGAUGGACCAAUGAUAGCAGAUGACGCAGAGCUAGCAGAAAUGUUUAAUUCAAAACCCGGGGUCCAUUUUCUGCAUUUGGAUACAAGGGGUUCACACAAGCAUGAGAAAAAGCCAGAUGGAACUAUGGGUAAUGAGUACCUAGAGCACCUGUUCACAUUACUAGAUGUGAAAAAAUUAAGUGACUGUGUCACUGUGGAAGCCGUCACAUUAAUGUUCCUGCCAUACACCAAAGGCCAGACAUACCUCCACACUGUUGUUGGUCUGCUACAGAGCUUUCUGUAUAAGCACUAUCCUGAGGUCUACUGGAGAGUGAAGGAGAAAAAAUCUGGACAGUUGAAGGAGCUGCUGGUGUGUCAGGUUAGUGAACUAAAGAUCAAGUAUUCAUUAUCUGGUCAUGAAGAGGUGAAUGUGGUCAAAGAGAUGGAUUGUUUUGUCAUUGACAAGCAUUUCUACAUUCAAAAAGAUUUUAUCACUGACAUGGAUGUCAUUAACCGUCAGAUUGCCAAAUAUUUUUCUGAUGGAGACAAUAGCUGUUGUAGAGAAAUAGGGCGCUUGCUGCCAACAAAAGCAUCUUUUCUUGACCACCCAUCUGAGGAGUUUUUGGCUGAGAUGUUCAAAAGGAAUGAGUUAGAAGAUUUACCUGCUGAUGAGGAGGCAUGGGUUGUCUCCCUGCCUGUGAUUCCAGUCAGUCCAGUACCUGAGCCUGAGGAGGAGAUGAUGGUGUAUGGAAAAGGUACUGACACAGAGGAUCCAACCACUGUGGUGGAAUGUCAUGAAAGACAAUCCUGGCCUCCAAAGUUAGGUCAAGAGUUUGAUCCCUUGGUUGUUCUAAAAAUAGAUGGCAAUAGAGCUGACAAUAUUUGGCCACCACCAGCUCCCCCUGAAGGCUUUAUCAGCCCACCUCAACCAACCAUCACAUACAGAUCAGGGGAGACAACCACGAAUAUUUCAUCAUCGGCUACUGAAGACAGUGAUGAAAGAUCUACUGAAGAUGUGAAGCAGUUGACUGGAACACAGCCCAGGGAUCAUGGCAGUACCACUGUCUCCAGAUCUAGCUCAGUGCUAGAGGGUCCAUAUAUCCACACUAGGAUACAGGGAGAACAGAUUAACAAAGACAGCCAGGAGUUUCAGGGUUUUGAAUACCCAUUUCAUAUGCCAGUUGAAAGUACAGAAAAAUAUUUUGAUACUUUUGGUCAGACCAGUGGACAGCAUGGUGCCAACCAUGGUGGCAUUAACUUUAAUGAGCCUGUCUGGACAGAGACCAACAAAGAACUCGACUACACUGAGCUCAAGUGUGAGCAGAACCUGAUCACAUCCCUGCAGACGCUGGCAGACGACGCCUCCCUCAUAGAAGUAGGUCAGUGGGGCGAGAAGCUGGUCUGGAACUUCCUGCAGCAGCAGCAGUGUGUAGACCAGACAAUUGUGGAUGUCCAGUGGGCCAACGUGGACUGUGAGAGGGGGCUGCCUUAUGACUUUAAAGUCACUUGUCUGACUGAUGAUCCUAACAAAACUAAAACUAUUUAUAUAGAGGUGAAAACCACCAAACACUGGUCGAAAGAAAACUUUCGUAUCUCCUACAACCAGACAGAGUUGGCCAUCCAGCAGAAGGAAAACUUUGAGAUCUAUCGCGUCUAUGGAGCAGGUAGUUCCAGCUCAAAGCUGAUCAGGAUAGAGAAUGUAGCAGAGAAGAUGCACCAGCAGCAGUUACGGCUGUACCUGGUUGUCUAGUAUUUAAAUCAUUCUAGUCACAUGAUACCUUAUUAUUUUCUAGGCCAUUCGCAAUAUUUUGUGACAACUUUAUUCCAAAGAUUUGAAAUAAUUAUCUAACUCUGUUUUUUAUAUAUUUCAAGAAAAUUAUUUUAACUGUUAGACAUUUGCAAUAUUUUAUGAUAAUUUUUUCCUUUACUUCAGUGUAUGUAAAAUAUUUUGUAUUGUUUGUUGCUUCAACAAACCAAUUAUAAAUAUACCACCAAUUAUUGUCUAAAUUAUUGGAAUUUUAUAUUUGCCUUUUUAAAAACAUUUUGACUUUUUUACUCACCGGUUAUAGAAUUUUUAUAUUAUAUUAAUUUAUUAUCACAUAUGCCAUGUUUUUAAAACCAUGUAUAUGAGGCUAUUUUGAUCUUCUAUAUUGUUUUUAGACAAGGGAGUGCUGAAAAAUUAAUUUUGAUUAACUAAUAUUUGUAUUUAUAAGUUGUUGUUUUUUUCACUUUGAAAUUAUGUAUUUAUUUCAUGAGUGUAAUUUUUCUACAAUAAAUGAAAGUUUGAUCAAGUAGAAGGGUUUAAUGAGAAAAAAAUUUCCAGAAUGCUAAACUUUAUUGCAUAAUUAAUUGGUCUAGCUGCUCGUCAUAAUAAAAUGAAAUAGUUUCCUAAACUAGAUAACUGUGUUCACUGUUGACGCACCUGUGUGGAGUUUUGUAUAGUGACAAAAUCUUUAGGGUAAACUGGAAGCUGUUUUAUUCUUCCUUUUUUUUUCUUUGGUUCCUUCUCUGUGUCUCAACUGUUUAUGUAGAAUAUUUCAGUUGUUUUUUAAUAUAUUUACAGCAUUACUUGUUUUACCUUUGUACAAUUACAACACAAUUUAAUGACACCAAGAGUUAAAACGACUCAGAUAUUUUAACUCUCUACCUUUACAUUUAACCAGUGAUCAUGUCUUUUAUUUUAUUUUUAUUUAUUUAUUAUUUAAACCUCUCACAGUAUUUAUAACAUAAAAUGUAUGGCAUGUAAAUUGUUAUAUGUUUUAAUUCUUUAUGUGUAAUAUACAAAUUUACAUGAAUGUGAUUGUUUUUUUUAAGGAAAUCUCUAACCCUCAGAUAAUUUAAUAUAAAUGUAUUGAUAAUUUUUUUUAUACAUCAAAUAACUUUGAUCUUUAUAAUAUAAUAUAAAUGUUUAUGUUAAGAAACUGAGCACCAUUUAUAUAAAUAUUAAA